AUGUCUUUCUUUGGCUUUGAUGCCACCCUCCCCAGGGACCGCGAUCGGCCCCCCGCCGGUGCGAGGGGCUUCUUCGAGAACCCAGAUCCCUUUGCGGAGGUCGCCCGUGCGACGGCGCUCGAAGAUGACGAUGCAAUCGAUUUUGAGGACACCUAUGACGGUCUAGGCGACCAGCUUGAUGACGACCAAGAUGCCUUCAACGAUGACACCUUUGGCGGCGGCGGCGGAGAUACGGGAGCUGUUGGCCGGGACUUCGAUUUCUUCGGAAAAACAGCCAAGGUAGCUGAUGCGAUUGGCGAGGAGCAGAUCCGCUACACCUUGCAGCAGCCCACGGCCGUACCGACAGCCGCUCAGCUCAAUGCUCCGGUGCCAGCUCAGCCUGCGCCAGCUCCGACCCAGUCGACCGCCAAGCGCACUGGCUAUGAGAAGUAUUCGGAUCCCGGAUACAUCCCGGAUCUCCAGGCCAAGUCUAGCGUGUGGGGCAUUUCUCAGAAGAAGCCUGAGCCGACCCCCGUCGUGAUCCCCAGCCGGAAGACGAUGAUGAGCUUGGAAGAAGUUGAGGCGCAAAUGCGUCAUCAGUCUCUGCCAGCCGUUACGAUGCCCCCGCAGUCGCUUCCUCAGCACAUGGCCAACCAGGCUUAUCUACCCCCGCCGCAAUACCCCCAGGGUGUCCCCGAUGGUUUCCACUCCAUGCCUCCCGAGCUCUUGCGGGAAGCCCUGGAAAAGGGACUGCUGCCGCCCGGGAUGCCCGGCCUUCCACCAGGUAUUCCGGAGCUGCAUGGCGCCCCUGUCUUGCCUGGCCCUCAGCAAAUGCAUAUGCAGCAGGGUCAAAUGCCCCCGCAGAAUUUGCCGCCCCAAGGCCCUCGCCAUACCGGCCCACCCCAGGGCCAGCGUCAGCAGCAACAGCAGCAACAGCAGCAAGCCCCCCCACCACCGACUAGCCGAGGAGCAAACGGAGGACUGCCUGUUAUUACCAAUCCACAGCAAUUGAUGCAUCUGACGGAGGAGCAGCGCAAUGCCUAUUUAGUUGAAGAUGCCAAGCGGGCAAAGCGCAACCACAAGAUCUUCCUGCUGUCCCGGGGUAAUGGGUUAAUGACACCCCAGGAUAAAAACUUCAUCACUCGUAUUCAGUUACAGCAGCUCGUCGCGGCGGCCGGUAAUGUCGCCGAUGCUGACCCUGAGGCUGUCCUGUCUGAAGAUUUCUAUUAUCAAGUCUAUAGUCAAAUCCGUGGUGCCCCUCGUCAACACCCCCACCAGCCUCUUGGUCACUUUGCUCAGACAUAUCUCCUUCAAACCGGGAAUCGGCUCGGCGGCCACGGAAACCGACGGGCGUUCCAAAGCGCAGACAACCACAUGCAGCGGAUGCAACAGCAGGUUCAGCGUGCGGUCGAGGCUGCUAAAGCCAAGCCCAAGAACAAGCAGCUCAUCAUUGAGGGCAGCUUGGGUAAGAUCUCAUUCAGCAAUGCCAAGGCGCCGAAACCGAUGCUCAACAUCAAGCGACCGGACAGCUCUGAUGGGGUCCGCCCGAAGAAGGUCCAAUCUGAUCUCAGCCUCAGCGACCGCAAAUCUAUCCUUUCCAACAUUGAAAGUGUAUACAGUGCUCUGAUGGCCAUGGAGGACAUGGAACGUACCAUGCCCCCGCCACCGGAGGAGGGUGAUGCGGAUGCGAUCAAGGAGCAUCUGGAAUGGCGACAGAAGGUUCACUCACUUAAUCAGAAGUUGUGGCGCGCCUUGAAGGUGAUGGAGCCAAUUGUCCCCAACUCGACGACCCCGCACCCUUUCAUCGCAUUCCUGUCCUACCCCAAGGGUAAAAAGGCCAUCCCUCGUAUUUUCCGUCACAUCGACCAGGAGCAACGUGUCACCAUCCUGACUAUGAUCGUGGUGCACCUGGAUAGUUUGGAUGUGGUGCGUCUUGCACAACCCGGUCCUGGCGAGGCCCAGCCCUCUAUUGCCGUUCGGGAAGCCAUCGACCUCUUCUCUUUGGCUGUUAUGCCGAGCCUUCUCGGGUAUGUGAACGAGGCGCCUUUCAACAUCAUCAUCGGUCUGCUGGGCCUUGUCAUUGCACAGACCCAUGUGCACAGUGUAGCUCGCACCAAGGUUGGAUUGGGCAUUCUCACCAUGCUCCUCAGCCGUGCUGAGAUCGUCAAGGAGGCUGGUCAGGCGAGCGAGCGGGAUUGGGCGCAGUGGGUGGAGAAGUUCAACGUCCUCUUCGACACCCUCGAGCCUGGUUUGGCUGAUAUUUUCCCUGGCUCCAUCAAUUCGGGCGACGAUAUGUACGUCUGGCAGUUCCUGGCUGCCGUUGGCAUUGGUGCCAGCCCCGAGCAGCAGCAGCGUCUGGUUAUCGCCGUCAAGGACCGUGUUAUGGAGACUGUCGGCUACAGCAAGACUUUGCCGGCCGACAUGGCGAGCUCACGGCUGGGUAAUGUCAACCUGUUCAUGCGUGCCAUUGGUCUGGACGUGGAGCUUCUUGGUUAA